AGGCGACAUUCUGUAUUUGGGACUAGACACCUGCUACUCUGUUUGGCACUGGAUCUGAUUUACGGACCACUUGUUUGCAGUUAAAAAGGUGGAAUUAUGGAGCCUGUGAUUCUUCUGGAUCAAAAUAAUCUGACUAUGGGCGAGGAGCCACCGAUACAUCCGCUGUGCACAGAAUGGAAAAGAGACCCAGAAGGAUCAGUUUUUCACCUCGCUAAUAUGCUCCUUGUUCUGGGCUUUAUGGGCAGUAGUGGAUUUUACGGAUUGAUCUACAUGUUUAGUUUGAUGUCACUCGGAUUUUUGUGCUACUCCUUUUGGGCAUGGUCCAAUCCGUGCACAACAGAUUCGUUUUCGUGGGCUUUUGUCCUGUUUCUGAUUUCUGUUGCCCAGGUCGUUCAUGUCAUAUACCGCCUGCGGAGUGUGACUUUUGAUAAGGAUUUCCAGGAGCUCUAUGGAUGCAUGUUUAAAAAGUUAGGAGUCUCUCUCACUCACUUCGGCAAGAUCGUCUCUUGUUGUGAGCAGGAAAUCCAUACUAUCGAAAAAGACCACUACUUCGCGGUCGAAGGCAAAACUCCUAUCGAUAAACUGUCUGUUCUUCUCUCCGGGAGAAUCCGUGUAACAGUGAAUGGAGAAUUUCUACACUACAUCUUCCCUUUCCAGUUCUUGGAUUCACCUGAGUGGGAUUCACUUAGACCGUCGGAGGAGGGAGUUUUCCAGGUAACACUAAGAGCAGACGACCGUUGCACAUAUGUCGCUUGGAGACGCAAUAAGUUAUAUCUGCUCUUCGCCAAACACCGCUAUAUCGCCAAGAUAUUCGCGCUGGUGGUGCGCAAUGACAUCGCCGAUAAGCUGUACUCUCUGAACGACAAAGCGCUGGACGCACACGGCUUCCGCUACGAUCUGCGGUUGCCCAGCUUCUGCCACACGCAAGAGCUAGACAAACCACAAAGCAGUUAAAACCACAUCAUGAUCUUGAAUUGGAACGUCUUACAGAUGUCAGAAGGAAGUCCACGAGGCAAAUGUAUUUCCUAGAGACUUGCCUUUUAAACAUUAUUACGAAAAUAAUAUUUCUCUUUAAUUUGCAAAAAAAAAAAAAGGUUUAAGUUGCCAUUAGUAGACUACGUGUGCGUGUCUUAGUAACUAAAGGACGAAUGUUUGGUCAGCUCUUUGAAUGUUGAUAGUUUAAAAGACAUUUAGCUUAUGAUUCUGCAGGUAUUAAUUCCCGAAUAAAGAAGAAUUUGUAAUCAUCUU